CGUAGGCUUCCGUAGAUUACAGUCACAUGCAUUAGUUGUUUUGAUUUCUGCUUUCAGGAUUUUACGUCUCACAGCCCUGGGAUCAACAACAUUUCAAACCAGAUGUCAUGCUAUAGUCACCACGUUGCCUACUAGCCAACUACUAACCAAGGCAAAAAAGAGUUCACACCAAUGACAGGUGAACCAGGCUCGCCGUCCUAGAUAGACAUGUUGCGGUGGAUACUUGGUGGACGCGAUGCACAGGGUGCUGUCGAAAAAAGCCCCGCGCUGUUCAUUGGCGAGGAACAGCCCAAAAACCGGUUCACUGAGCUGCAGGUGCUGAAAGGACAUUUUGACAUUGUUCGAUUUCUGGUGCAGAUUGAUGACUUCAGGUGUGCCUCCGCAGGGGAUGAUGGCAUGGUACUGGUGUGGAAUAUUGAGACAGGAGAGCGUCUGCUGGAGCUGAGAGGUCACUCCCAGCAGAUCACAGCGAUGACGGCCUACAGCUGCGCCCGCGGAGACACAACACACACCUGUCUGAUCACCGCCUCGUCUGACCGCACCCUCAGUCUGUGGGACCCAGACACAGGCCACAGGGUCCAGACCAUCUCAGACCUGCAGUCUUCAGUCAAGUGUCUGCUAGUGCUGGAGCGUCUGUGCGUGUGGGUCUCCGGGGGCAACGAGCUGUGUGUGUGGAACAGAGAUUUCCAGCUGCAGUGCCAGAGCCAGCACCACAACGAUGCAGGAAUCACUGCCAUGAUUGAGCUACCGAAGAACUGUAUAGCAGCCGCCAUGGAUAAAGAGAUUGUCAUCUUCAGACUGAUGGUGUCUACUGAGUCCACUCUGUCCGUAGCCGAGUUCCGACGUCUGACCGACCACCAGGACAGCAUCCACGCCCUCAUCAACGUCAACGAUGGCUUGUUUGCCAGUGGCUCCCAUGUGGGUGAGCUCAUUGUGUGGGACGCCGUUGAUUGGACGAUCACAGCUUACGAGCACAUCUUGUGGGAGGAGUCAGUGGUUGAAGCCCAGACUGAGAUCCGAUUGGCCGCACCGAAGCCCAGUGAGAUGUCCAUCCAGCACUUGACCUCCAAUGGAAAGCUGAUCCUGGCAGCAGUAGGCGGUGGGCUGUAUGUGUAUAACGUCCUGACAAAGAGUGUGCUGGCCUACAGGAAGACGGCCCACGACUCCAAUGUGCUCCACACCUCCCUGAUGCCUGAUGGGGGGCUGAUGUCAUGCUCUGAGGACGGCAGUGUGAGGAUGUGGGAGAUGCAGGAGCUGCCGUUGCCUGCAGAACCUGCCUCUGCAGGGUUCUUUGGGAUGUGGUCGUUCGGGAGGUCCGGUAAGCAAGCGGGCCCUCCUGUGAAGAAGGUGAUGGAGUUUCCCAGCAUCCGAACCCUCGAUCUGACAGGCGAUCUGAUUGGACACUCCGGAGCUGUCCAGAUGUUUGUGAGCUUCGGGGAGAAGGGACUGGUGACGUGCUCCACAGACACUCUGCUGAUCGCGUGGAGGAACGGCGAGAGGCAGUCCCGCCUGCGCAGCCUGGCCCUGUUUCAGAAGCUGGAGGAGAACGGUGGGCUCUGACAGUACCCCUCCACACCCCCAAACGGCCCAGUCCCAACCCCUGUUCAAUCUACAGACACCUGUUCAAUCUACAGACACCUGUCCAAUCUACAGACACCUGUCCAAUCUACAAACACCUGUUUAAUCUAUAGACACCUGUCCAAUCUAUAGAUACCUGUCCAAUCUACAGACACCUGUCUAAUCUAUAGACACCUGUCCAAUCUACAGACUCUUGUCUAAUCUAGAGUCCCCAGAGUCUGAAGAGAGAUUAGCAUCUGAUAGUCACACUAAUCCACCUCUCCCUUAUUUAAUAUCCCGAUCUGUCACCAUGAGUUUUAUAACGUUUUAUGGUUUUACAGUAAACGGAAUGCCUCUAAGCGCCAAGUGUUCUUACGGUUUGAUGUUUAAGUAUUUAAAUGUUAUGAUGUACGGAAAGUGUCGAGUCUGUAUGAUGUAUGAUGUGAUUUUAUGCUUUUGUCAAAGGUUAAUUGUUGUUGUGCCAAAAGGUGUUAUGCAUGUGUGUAUGGUCUGUUUUCAUUGUGAAUUUACACGUGUGCCUGUUUGCAUUUUAAGUGAGCUUAUUUAGUUGACAGAUUCUAUUUUCCAUUUUGUACUCUUUAUUUUAAAACCCGGUGUUUUUACGGCACUGCCACAACAGUUUGACAGAUACUAGCUGUGGUUUACGACUUUGAAGGUUUGAAACAAAAGGUAAUUUGUGAUUUUAAACUUCUAUAGGAUUUUAGGAUUGAUGCAGAAACGUACGGAAAUUGCAUAUUAUUGGACGAAUAAAAACUUGCAUUCAAAA